AUGGAAAAGAAUGUUUCCAGCGUAAGCAAACAUAAUGCCACGAAGACAGAUCUGAGUUUGUUGCUGGAGUGUCUGAAGUACCAGAUGAAAUGUCCUGAUUCACAGAAACAAGCUCUUCUUACCAUCUAUUCUAUCUGUCAACAGAGAGAGGAGAAUGUGAACUUCUUCAGAGAGAUUGGAGGGGUGGUGUUUGUGUACAACCUCUCCAAAUCUAGUGCUCACGCAGAGGUCAGGGAGACCUCUCUCUUCAUACUGGGAACGCUGGCAGAGGCCAAUGUGUACUGUAAGCAGGCCUUGUGUAGGAGGGAGCUGUUCAGUGAUCUGACAGAUGGUCUGAUGCAGCAGGACAGCCCACUGACCCAGAGGAGAGUAGCUGUCUACCUGAUCUCUGUCCUCGUCGCCAACAACCGGUCUGGACAGAUUUUCGCUCAGACCUCUGGCUGUCUGGACAUCCUGCUAGACUUGUUCAGGACUAGUUUCCCUCUCUCUGGCAAGGACACAGUGAAACCUGCGAACAUCACUCAGCUGUUCCAACUCUGGACCUCUGUGUCCAGUGCUCUCUGUGGCUGUGUCAACAACCCCCAGAAUGAGGAGAGCCAGCGUAUCUGUGUGUCAGCCUUCCCCCUGGUCAAGUCCUGGCUGCAGCAGCUCUCUCACCCCCAGGCAGAGAUGGUUCAGCCCAUCUGCUCCUUCAUAGCCAUGACGGUCGCCAACAACCAUUGUGCUCAGGAGAGUUUUUCCAGAGUUGGCGGGCUCGGAACUCUGACCCAAACUCUGAUUCACUUUGCCUCUGAUGCCUCCCACAGCCCAUUGGCCUGUCAGCUGUCUGUCAUCAUGACCAAAACCGUGUCAGCCUGCAUCACUGACAACCCUGUGUUGGUGUCAGGUCUGGCAGGUUAUGGUUUGGUUCCCCCCCUCAUCUCCUUGCUGUCCAGCCCAAUCCUGGAUCCCCAAGGCAGGCUAAUUAUCAUACUCACCCUGGGACACUGUACUGAGGCCUCUGAGGAGCACCAGUCUCAGUUGUUACAGUGUGGAGGUCUGUCCCUCAUCAUCACUCUACUGACUGAGUCUACCAGCGAAGAGCUCAGGAAGGCUGCUACGUUCAUACUGCAGACCUGCAAACAGGCUACUGUGUCUCUGCGUGGUGCAGUCCAGGGGGUGUCCCUGGGUCAGACUGGGGAGCUGGAGCCCCCUGUGGACAUGGAGGGGUACUGGAGGUCAGCACAAGACAUGCUGCACAGGAUCAACCAGCUGGAGAGACAACAGGCUCAGGGAGCUGAGGAAGAGUGGGAGGAGGACACACCGAACCCCCUAGACCAACAGAACCCUGCAGGAUUGGGAAGGAAGGAGCUACUCUCACCCAUACCCCUCCCCCCAACCCCCCACCACAUCUCCUUACCAUACCAGGAGAGGAGAGGAGGAGGAGAUAAGAGGUGUGAGGAGAGUUGGAGAGGAGUAGAGUGGAGGGGCCAACAGAGAAGAUAUGGAAGGGGAGGAGAGAAAGGAGAGGAGAGGGCAAUGGAUGACGAGAGAGAGACCCCUGUCCUGCCUGUCUUAGCGAGGCUUGUAAGGAGACUGGUAUUCCAAGCCAGUGAGGAGCCGCAGAAACACAGCCGCAGCAGCAGAGAGCGAGAGAAGAGGACCCUCACACAUCAAGAGAGGGAGAGCGACAGGGCAGCAUACGGAAACACACCGGCAGAACAGGAAAGACGCACCACGCUGCACACACUUGGAAACACACAAAGAGAGAAGAAAAGGGACAUGGGCUCGGCAGCUAUGAGAAACACUAAUCCUCUCUACACGAACACACUGGCAGAGAAAGGCAAAACCACACAGACCGAGAACCGCCGAGACGAGCACCCUGGGAGGAGACGGCAGACUGUGUCAGCCGCGGGCCAUGCUGGACUUGGUACAGCUGGUGUCGCGGGGCAGCCCAGUGGUGGAGAGGAUGAGAGGUGUUCUGUAUGUCUGGGGACGGGAACACUGGUCACCUCCUCUUCCUCCAGGCCACUAGAGGGACACUCCCAGACACACACACACAGCCAAGUGUUCAAGUGCCCAGCUCCAGGCAAGUCAGGUUUGGGCAGGCAGAAGAAACGGUUGGACAAUGAAGAUGUCCUCUCUGUUUGUUCUGAGCUGCUGGACAGUGAGAUCCGUAAAAUAAUGGAGACUCCAGCCACCACAUAUAAACCCACCUAUAGGUGCUCAGGCUGUGGGUUGCGGUUCAGUGAGGUGACCAGCCGGUCAUUCCCUGUCCUCCAGAGGUCCUGUCCUCACAGCUGUGACCUGCACAUGGUGCUGCAGCAGGCCACACACAGCUACACAAAGUGCCUCCGAGAAAUAUGCAGGAGGAGAGACGCACACACGACCAAGCAGAGAGGGGGAGGGAUGCAGAGCGUCUCGGAUAACUGCAGAGAUGUGAGUCUCACCCCUCUAAAGAAGCGUAGUCCAUAUGGAGAUAUCACCCUGACUCCUGUGCGUAGAGGUGGUCUGAUGAGGAGCGUCUCCUCUGUGACCAGCAGGGGGCAGGAGAGAAGAGCGUUACCUGUGUCGAGGUUCGGUCUAUCCUGGAACACCAUCCUGUGGUCCUAUCCCUUCCAGCCGGGGCGCACCAAUGUAGAUCUGGCCAAGACAUACAAACACCUGCAGGCUAACUUCCAGGGUAUGGAUUCAACCUCUCCCUGAGAUCUGAGAAGAACACACUGAUUUGUCUAUUGUACAUCACAGUAAUAUAUUUGAAAUACUCUCAUUUAAUAUUGAGUAAUAGUUUUGAAGUACUUACAUUUAAUCCCCAGUUUGAAAUUGUUAACUUCUAUUUUGUACUACUGUAAGUAAACCACAUGAAGAUGUAUUUGAAAUGCGUUAAUUUAAUACUCAUUGAGGAUUAAUGGCCGAUCUGUUCUGUAUUCCUCAACCUUGUUUUUUACGCAGCAGUAUUGUGGUGCCUAUGUGAAGUAGUUGAAUAUUAUUUGGAAUAGAAAAAUGGAAAUGAUUAAUGUAACUCACUUGACAUUUUUCAUAAUUUUGUUCACUGUUCAUGUAUUUCUUGAGACUGAGAUGGUUGUUCACUUGUCAUCUCCUGUAGUUGUUUCUAUUGAAUUAAACAGAAGGGUGUCCUAUA